AUGGUAGAAGGAGGAGCAGUCUUACCCAUGAGGCCGCAGGCCGUGGAGCCUGAGCCCGCCUGGGGCCUUUUGUUCGCACGCUCCUCAGCAACCGCCGAGGCCCUGCUUUUUAAGGCCGCCUUAUUGCAGCGGGAGGCGCUAAAUGCCUUAUUGUGCACUCCGAAUGACGGGGCCUCCGCCGAAUCCCCGCCCUUCGAGGACCAGGGGUCCUGGGAAAGAGGAGACAUUUUGUGGGCUGUCCGCAUGAGUGUCGGUCUCCUGGAUGUACCGCCGGGCACCCUUAGUGAUCUUGAGAGCGUCUCUUGUUCGCUAAGGGAAGGACUGCCUUGGCCUUCCUCGCUGGAGGCUGAGGCCUCUCUGGUGUCUGCCUGGUGGAAAGCAGGGCCCUCUGGUGCGCCCCCAGAGAUCCAAGCCUUAGGAAGAGUCCUGCGCUGUUACCAGGAGGCCCCACCGCGAAGAAACUUGCUCGCGUCCGUGUCGCCGCGCCUCAUCUCUGUGCUGCGGCAGCUGCUACAGCUGCUCCCUUCAAAGAGCCUUUACAGACGGCUCGUUACGAGGCCCUCGCCUCCAAGACACGCAAGCAGCCUGACUCCAGCCGGCGAGCUGCUCCUCGCAGCAAUGAAGCUCUGUCUGCAGCAGCAGAAAGCGCUUCGAGCCCCUGGUCGGCCUGGCGGCUUGCAGAGAAGAGAAUGGGAAGCAGAGCGGCAAGAAAAAAACGAAAGCGAUCCCCCAACAGAGAGGACAUAUCUACCUCCGAUGCCUCUCCAGCUUGAGCAAGCACCAGAGACCUAUCCUGCAAGUCCUGAAGCUGCUUGUCGGCUGAAUAUCUGCGACCUCGCCCCUUUCUGCCCUGCUCGCGCUGGAACAGAUGCUGCAGCAGCCGCAGCUGCAGCAUCUGGAGGCUCUGAAGACUCCGUCAGAGUCGAUCCUGAGUGGUUUCUUCUACGAAUGCCUGUUACGCUGGUAAAACCUCAGGUUGACGGUCCAGAGGAGGCACCUCCUGAAUUUCCAACCGAGAACCGUGGAUUCUCCCCCCAUGAGGAUGAAUUCAGGUUGCUGGAUAAAGAAGAACCUCUCCUGCUACCACCUGACAACUACGAGGCGACAGCAAAGGCCUUCUGCUGCUUCCUUAACCAAGAGCUAAGGCCAUACUCUCCGUGGUUGCCCCGGCAUUCUGCAGAUUGCACUAAACGGGGCACACCAGAGGCCACUGCCGACGGCGGCUGCAGCGUAGGUACAGCGGAGUUCUCCAAGUCCGAUUCUUGGGAAGCCCAUGAAGCUGCAGGCUUGCAACGUCCCCUACCGAAGGGCCUUUGUGGGGGUAAUAAGGGCUUCUGGAUUUCCGGGGUCCAACGCCUCGCACCGCAGUUGAGGGCUUUAGACGAGGAAUUACGCCCCUCAGCAAAAGGCGACAGACAGAAGAGGCGGCUGUUGCGGGUGUUGGCUAGAUCCUUGAAGGCUCCGAGGUGGCUAGAAGCCAUGGAAGAGAAACAGACUCCUCCCGGAGGCACGCGCACUUGCCAACAACGUGUUGGCCCUUUCCACGAGAACAAGGUACUGCCUCCGCUCUUGCUUCCCUACGGAUCAUCAGUGACAGGCUUUGGACACUGGAAUUCAGACCUAGAUAUCGCCCUGCUGCUCCCCUAUGGCCACGCCUGCGGCUACGCAGAGCACAGCAAUUUUCAGGCUCCCGAGGCUCUUCCUAGAUCACUUCCUACCCCAGAUGAUUUUUCUGGGGUAGCAGAGGGCCCCUGCAUUAGCCCUUAUGCUGAAAAUACGCAACCUUCUUUACACAGUCUAGCCUACUGUUGUAAAAGCAGUGAAGAGCCUCAAGAUUCCAAGGAGAGCCCUCCGGUCCGGCUUUGCCUGCAAAAGUCUCUUCCUCGGGGAGCAGCCGCUUCAGUGUUGACGCAGCUUCAAUGCCUGCUCAAAACUGAGCCUCAGAUUGCUGUUCUUUUAGCGGACCUAGAAGUAGUGAUCCCGCAGAAAGCACCGCCCGUGCUGCGUGGGGUGUACCUACAUCCGAGAAUUCAUAGAGCCCGCCCCCAUUGCAGGCCCCGCCGCUCCAAGAUCAAUGUAAAGGAGACAGCAGGCACAGCCGUGGAAUCAUCAGGUCGGCGAAAGCAAGAAGCGGAUCAAAACAGACUCCCACAGGGAAGAGCCAGAAGCGGUGACACAAGGGAAAAAGGUCUGGACACAUGCACUCUGGAAGGGCUGAACCUCGAGUCGGCAACAGCAAAAGUCGCGGGGACUCUGACCCCAACAGAACGCACACAACAAGGCAAAGCAGAUAAAAGCUUACUUCAGAGACCAACCGCUGAUGGACUGCAGUCAACUGAAGACAAAGAUAAUCCCUUCGAAGUCUCCUGCACCAUUCAGUCCCCUAAAAAGGCAGUAGAAAAGCUUUCUCCCGGCGAAAUGGUGCCCCCCAAGGGUCUCUCGAUAUCGGAAAAGACCAAUCAAGGGCCCUCUGUGCCAGGGUGCAUCCCUGUGAAGUUCGAAAUAACUGCGGGGUGUAUCCUGGGGCCCCUGAACUCUGCAAUGCUCAAGGUCUAUGGAAGGAGCUGUCCCCUGCUGCCACCGUUGGCCAGGCUUAUCAGGCACUGGGCAGAGUGUAGAGGACUCACAGGCACCCGGAACGGCUAUCUCUCUAGCUAUGCUUGGUCCCUGCUUGUCACCUUCUUCUGUCUAUCCACGUCCCCCCCCCUCCUUCCCCAUCUGCAGAGGCCUCUGGGAAGGGUUCCUCCUGUUGUACUUCAGCAGCAACUCCACAGCGGUAGUUCACGGGCAACCCCGCGAAGCGAAAUAAGCCUGCAGCCUACGGAGAUUCCCGUGGAAUUCGUUGAGGGCCUCCACAGCGUUUGGUUCCUCAAUCCAGAAGCUUCAUCUCCGUGGGGCUCGAGGGCAUUGGAUCUGCUUCGCCCUAUCUACAAAGGGGCUCAAGACUCCCGAUUGCUGCAGCUCUUGAAUCGGUAUAUCCCGGGCCAUGUCUUUGUUUUGCCUUCGGAUUUUACGGAGAAUACCGGGGAGACGGAAGUCCAGGAGUCUCGGAUUUCCUCUGCAGAUGCUGCGGCUCACGAGGCCUGCGAAAGCCUGCCAGCUGAUGUAGCUCCACCACAGCAUACACUUCCAAGCUCCGAGCAUGCAGCAGUACCCACAGCGAAGCGAGCUGCUGGAAGCAUCCGACCUGUGUGCCCUGCGGCUUGUGGCGCUCCACGCAAUAGUCGGGAAGCGCCGCACAGUGCAGCCGAGUUUGGGGGGCCCCCCAAAAAAGGGACUUCUGCCACUUUCAGCCGGAGUCGGAACCGAUGGGAGUCUCCUCUGCGUGACCGAGACUGGGAAGUCGUGGCAUCUUUGUUUUACAGCUUUUUUGUGUUUUAUGGAUAUCACUUUAAUUCAUGCGCCCUCUUGGUGUCUCUUCAAAGGCCUCAUCCUCGUUAUAAGCAGCAUCUCCGAGUCCGCAGAGGCAGAGUGGCUCGCUGCGGAGACAAUAUGAAGGCUUUGACGACCCCAAACCCCAUAAGCGGAGCUUCCGUCGUCUUCUGCCCUUGCACUGCGACGGAGAAGACUGCCGGCGCCAUGCAGCAUGAGAGAAGCAGAGGGGUGUGGAGGCACAAGGCAUAUGCGCCGGGGAUGAAAAGAGCAGCAGGUGACGCGAUGGUUGAGACAGCACCAGCACCAGCCCCAGGCGCAGCGCGAGCUUUAAACUCAGGUAAAGGAGAAGGCAUCGCUGUGAUCAACAGCACGGUAGCCGCCAGCAGUGCUGCCGUAGGGGCCGGAAGGCCUGGAGGCUCUCUGGAGCGAGAGCAGUGGGGAACGGCAAUUGUUGGGGGCCAGCCCCUCGGGGUACCCUCAGAGCUGAUCCUUAGAGGCCUAAAAGGCCAAUGUGCAGGUCAGGAGGCAACUUCAAGCUGCAUGCCACUCGUAUGGGUAUCGUUUUUAGCCUUGUUUAGCCCGUCGUGUGCCGAGAAGCCUGACGGUAUUAUAUUUUCUGACGCGUUGUAUGUUUACGGAGGAUUGCUGCGGCGCUGUGACGGUUGGGGGGCUUGGGCAUUCGUGGAUACAUUCCGAGGGUUUGCGACUCUCUGUUCACUUUAA